UAGAAGCGAAGCAAGACAGAGACCGAUUAGACAAAGAUACUCGCAUUUGUAAGGACAGGCGAGCGUUUUCUUCGAUUUGACUCUAAUUCUUCCUCCUUUCUUUGUUAUCCUUCCUUCCCGUUGCCCUUCCUUGUCUGACCCCUGCGACGGAGCGUUGACGUUACUGGCUCCAAGAAGCUGACGGCUGGAGCCGUGGUGAAAAAGUUCAGGAUAAGUUCUUUUGAAAUCAUGUAUCCACGAUUGAGGGUGAAAGAAUUAGAAGCACGACAAGAGGUAGCAGCAGCAUGUCUGUUGAGAGUUAUUGAAUCCCUCUCCUUAGAGGACAAGGGGCCUGCAACAUCUGCAGUUUCAGAUCACAUCAACAAGGGCAACAUCGAUUCUAACAAAUCAUAUACAAGAAAUCCCCGUCCAAGUUUCAAAAUUGAGCAUUCACCUUCAACUUUCAUACUCAAUGAGAAGACUGUAAAGGGUGUUGAUGAAGACAAUAGAAGCAAUAUUUGGGCUGAUUCAGUUCCUCGGCCUCGCGCAGUCUUGUCAAGCCCGGAUAAUGAUGACAUAAUUGGCACCCAAAACAAGAGAAUUCAAGAGAGAAGACGACUAGCAAAAGAGCAGGCAUCAGACAUACCUUGUACAGAUAACAAUGGAAAGACUAACAAGCACAACCCUGUAACUGCAAAUAGAACAGCCGCUUCAAAUAAACCUUCCUCAUAUAUCAAUAACCUCCACAACGAUCACAAAGUUGAUGAGAUACGAAGACCUUCAAAUUUAAAGACUAGGAUUCAGCUCAAAACUACUACUAAUGUUGAUCUGAAAGUGGUAAAAGCGUACAGGAACACCCCUCCCACUGAAUCAGCUAAUCGUAAAAAAGGAGUCUUCAAUGAAGUUGGGGCCUGUAAUGGCUAUCCGAAGAUAAAGUGUUCAGCUUCUUCCAACCAAAGCCAAGAACACUAAAAAGGGUAGAGAAACAAGAAACAUGCUUGAGGACAAUUUGAAAUUAAUGUAUCGUUUCAUAGUUGUAAUUACCUAAAAUUCUCUUUUUUUUAUUGGGCCUGGAUCGGUUGGCUAAGCAUGCCUAUGGGCAGGAAAUCGAAGUGCCAAUCCCAACUAUCAAUUUGUGAAGUUCCAUGUUAAAUGCUGGGUUUAGUUGUUUUUUUU